AUGAAAAGAACCAAAGACGAACAAACCACGUCAGACGAAGAUAAGUAUGAGAAAUAUUUCACUGAAAAAAAUGACAAUACAACACUUAUGAGAUUCAUACAACCCCCAUCAGUGAUGUCAAAUCAAAUAGACUCAGUAUAUUUUGUUAACUACAGAGCAGUUGUAGUGAAAACGAAACAAUAUUAUGUCACACAGAAUUCAUAUAUGUUAUUUGGUGAUGUAUUCAAAAUAUAUAAUUUGAAAGGAGAGAUUAAAAAAAUUCAUGCUUUUUUCUCUGGAAAUGAAAAUAAUCUAUCAGAUUCUCUUAUUAUGCUUAAAACUACAGUAGUUGCUGUUACAUCAUCUAAAGCAGAGGCCUUAAGAGUUGCUGAUGAAAUUGAAAUGACUUGCAAAAUUUGUCACAAAAAAAGAAAAGCUACCAAAUUUUCAAUAGAGGGUUUUUUACGGAAAGUAAGAUGUGAUACAUGUAGAGUCAAACCUAAAAAUCUAAUUAACAAAACAAAUAAUACAAAGAGGAUGAGCAUUGUCAAAGGUGAAAAUGUUUCUCUUAUGACAUCUGAUCCUAUGUUCACAGGCAGGAAAAAAAUAACAUCUUCUUUUUGUGAUGUCACGUCUACUACCACUCCUGCGACAUGUACUUCCAGGUGCUCCGCCACAUUUUCUCUUAACAACAGAAUUGCACCAGAGGAUGAAAUUCAAAAUGGAUCACCAAACAGACUACCAACUGAAGCACCUGACAAGGAGGAGCCCAAUGCAGGAGAGAUCAAUAGCAUGGGAUACAACAAUAACAGAGAAAACCCAUGCAUGCCCGGUGCUGAAAAUAAUGGAAGUAAUGAAAAGAAUGGAAAUAGAGCGAAAAUUGGAAAUAACACAAAAAAUGGAAAUAGCACAAAAAAUGGAAAUAGCACAAAAAAUGGAAAUAGCACAAAAAAUGGAAAUAGCACAAAAAAUGGAAAUAGCACAAAAAAUGGAAAUAGUACAAAAAAUGGAAAUAACACAGAAAAUGGAAAUAGUACAAAAAAUGGAAAUAACACAGAAAAUGGAAAUAAUGCACAAAACCGAGAUAAUGCGCAAAAUCGAAAUAACGCACAAAAUCGAAAUAACAUAAAAAGCCAGAAUAACACAAAAAAGACAAGCAAAGGAUGCCCAAACCAAAUUGUUGACACGCGCAGUGCAGGAUCAAACAUCAUCACGAGUAACACAUCUUUGAAAGACACAUAUGCGAACCAACAGCAACAGCAACGGAUACGUUCAUAUAACUCCAAAAAUAUCAAUAGUAUCAACUCUUUUUUAAAAAAUAGUUAUCACAUUAACACCAGUGAAAUGUGCAGAACAAGCAAUAAUCAAAAUCCUACAAUGAACAAUAAUAACUGCUCAAGUGAAACUGACAUGGAAAAUCCAGAUGAAAUUAUUACAAUGAUAAUAGAACUAAUCAAAUACAUUUCUUGGAUGCAAAAAGCUUUAAUAAAAGCAUCAAAAGGUAAUUAUAUUAUAGACCAUUCUGAGGUAAAUAUAGAAAAAGUGUCCAAAGUAGUUCAUUCUGCCCAAGCUUUAUGCAACAAAUUGUUAAGGAAUAAAUCAUUAGUGGAACAAGGAGGAACCAAUAAUUUAAACUUCUCCAACUUUAUACCAAUAUAUAACAACAAUUCUAAUAAUAAUUUUAAAAUAAAAUAUGCAAAUCUAUAUGACAGAAAAUUAAAUGCUAUCAAUAAUAAGCACAUUGAAGCAAAUUUAACCAAUUCUAGUGCUGUUAAUGUGUUUAACAAUAUUAUCACUCAUAAUACACUAAGUCUUUCGAAUUGCACCACCUCCCAUAGAAACCAGUCAUCCACUGUACUCCCUUCUUUGAGAAGCACUACUGUAAACAAUAAUCUCAGUACCCACAAUGGAAGUACCGACAGUCUCAUCAGCAGUACUGGAAACCUUAGUAAUCCCAAUAACCAAGGUAGCAAUCUUAGCAUCCUUUGCAACAAGAAUGAUGGUACAUCGAACAGCACCACCAAUGUAGAGGAGAGGCCGAAUGAUAGCUGCCAGAGCUGUCAAAACUGUCAAAACUGUCAAAACUGUCAAAAUUGUCAAAACUGUCAAAACUGUCAAAAUUGUCAAAAUUGUCAAAACUGUCAAAAUUGUCAAAACUGUCAAAACGGACUCAGCGGCCAAUGCAGCAACAACAGUUAUGUCAAUGCCAAUGACAGUAUAGACACUGGGUCGUCUAUAAACAACUACAACAACAUGAAUAGCGCUGGAAAUAUUAUACCUUACUAUUUAAACGCAUGUCAAAUUAGUUAUGUCCCUUCCACUUGUUCUUCUCGAAGUGAUAACAGAAUCAGCCAUUUCAUAAAGCACGAAAAUAAUUAUAUGUAUAGAAAUAAACAGAAUGAGGAAUUUUCAAACAAUAUACAAAGUAAUAAAAAUAGCAGUUAUAGCCACAAGGAAGACAAUGUCUUCUCACCAUUGUCCAAAGAGUACGCCUCUAAUGUAAAUAUCUCCUUUUCCAAUAUCAACAAUUCUGUGUCGAAUUUUUACAGGACCCUUUCGAAGAAUUACAACAUUAGGGAUACCAUUCUGAACUUGGACAAGUAG